AGGUGGUGGUGGUGACGCAGCGGCGGUGCUCUCGAGCUCGGACGGUUGGAUGUGAUUGUGCCUCGCGCUGCUCGCUUCUCAGUCGGAGCUACAAACUUCACCUGUGGGAGUCACCAAGCGGGUCGAGCGCCACUGAGCUCCGCCAGCCAGCCGGCCGGAGAAGCAGCCGGCCAAAGUCGUCAACUUUUCGCUGUCAACUUUAAUAAUCCAGCCCCGAGUCCGACAUCGCUCGCCUACCCAAGCUAAGCCGGUGACCCCGCAACUGGGUGACAACAAGAAAACAAGACAAUGAAGGACUGCGGAGGGUAAAGGGAGCCGCCCAUGGGGAGCAGCCGCCUUACCUGAGAGAGGGGGGUGUGGGGAAAAGCGCGAGGCACCUGGCAGCUAGCGCGCGGCCCCGAGCUGCUCGGCCCCGCCCCCGAUUGUUGUCGCUCGAGUCGCUCCCGGUACAAUGUCCUGGGUGAAGCUUUUCCUGAAGCCCGGGGGCAAUCUGCGGAGCAGCUACCAGCCGGGCAGCAUGUUGUCUAUCGCCCCGACCAAAGGGCUACUCAACGGACCUGGGGAGAACAGCUGCUUCCUCAAUAGUGCAGUGCAGAUUCUGUGGCACCUGGACAUCUUCCGACGCAGUUUGAGGCAGCUGCCCGGACAUGUAUGCUCAGGAAAUGCUUGCAUUUUUUGUGCUUUGAAGAAUAUAUUUGUAGAAUUUCAGAACAGCAGGGAAAAAGCCCUUCCCUCUGAUGUUUUGCGCAAUGCUCUAGCUGAAAGCUUUAAAGAUGAGCAUCGUUUUCAACUAGGUCUAAUGGAUGAUGCGGCAGAAUGUUUUGAGAAUAUUUUGGAGAGAAUUCACUUGCACGUAGUCUCAGACACUGAAAUGGAUACAUGCACUGUUAAGUCCUGUAUCACUCACCAGAAAUUUGCCAUGACUCUUUAUGAGCAGAGUGUGUGCCAUAGCUGUGGAGCUACAUCAGAUCCUCUACCUUUCACUGAGCUGGUACAUUACGUGUCAAUUACAGCACUGUGUAAUCAGGUAGACAAGAUGAUGGAGAGGAAUGAACGUCCCAGGCCAGAAUUGUUUGCAGAGCUACUUCGGGCAGCAAGUACCAUUGGAGACUUUAGGAAUUGUCCGAGUAAUUGUGGGCAGAAGAUAAAGAUCAGACGUGUGCUAAUGAAUUGCCCAGAGAUAGUCACCAUCGGUUUGGUAUGGGAUUCUGAGAAUUCAGAUCUCACAUUGGAUGUGAUUCGAUAUUUGGCACCACAGCUCUAUCUCCCUGGACUUUUCUUCCAAGCAACUGAUGAAGGGGCCCAGAGAAGCGAGUUGGUCCUUGUUGGGAUGGUAUGCUAUUCCAGCAGACACUAUUGCACCUUUGCCUUCCAUACUAAAAGCUCUAAAUGGAUUUUCUUUGAUGAUGCUACUGUUAAAGAGGUUGGAUCAAAGUGGAAAGAUGUGCUCUCCAAGUGUAUUCGAGGUCACUUCCAACCUCUGCUGUUGUUUUAUGCUAAUCCCUAUGGUAUGCCAGUCAAUACAGAGGAUGUACCAAGACAUGCCUUUCAGUCUGCUCACUGUAAACCAGAUGGAGAGGAUUCAGAAAUUCCUGCUGCCAGAAUGGCUGAUUACAUGAGGGAAAAUGGAACUGAAGGACAUCCAUCAAGAACCAGUGGUUCAAAAAUGCCCCUAAAACAGCCAUCUAAUACUAAAGGAGGUUUCCAGAGAGGUUAUAUUCAAGAUAGUCAGGGGCGAGGGCUCAUUAAAGUGUUCCCUGAUGAAAAUCCUUUUCGAUUGCGUUCAAAAGAGCAUGCUCAAAAGCCACUCAAUGCAAGGAGCUCAUCACAUCCCCAGAAAAUAGAAAAUGAUAAGCCAACAAGAAGAGCUGACUACGGCAGACAGAAAGAGGACAGGUCUCCUUCAAAAUCUGGAACACCACCUCAUGGGAAUGGUCUGAAGCAUUUCUGGGAUCAGCACGUGUACAGUGGACACAGAAAAGGACCUUCAAGUGAAGGUAGAACUACUCCACAACCUAAGGCAACAUCAAACAAAUUAUUUUAUGCAACAGAUGGUAUACACCACAAAGCCAAAAGCAGCAGCUUCACUGGAUAUGACACUGAUAGCAGUCAAGAUUCGAGGGACAAAGGCAAUGGUAGGAAUAGGAGUAAGGGUAAGGUCUGGAAACCAUCACGGGAAACACUGAAUGUCGACAGUAUUUUUGAGGAAGGUAACAAAAGGCAAGAGAGCCCUAAGCACAAAUCAAACUCUGCUGACCAACCACUGCAUAGCAGAGGACUGAACUCUAAUGAUAUAUCGAGAGAGAACCAAAAGCCCAAAGGAUUAUUGACUAUAUAUGAAGAUGAACUCAAACAAGGAAGUGGAAGUUAUUCAUUGGAAGUUGAUGGAAAGUCAAAUCAAGAAAAAGACAAAAAUAAUGUCACUGAAAACUUAAAAGUCCAUAAUUCUAGCUGUCAAGUGCAGAGAAUUGAACCUGGGUAUGAAAGCAAUGAUCGACUCGGCAAUGGUUCCUCUAGUCAUGACACUUUGGGCAUGGAAGCUUUCAAUGGAAAGCACAUGAAGAAUACCCAAGAUGCGUUUUGCAAUAGGAAUCAACAAGAAUUACCCAAACCUGAUGCAUGUCCCAAUCUGCCACACAGUGGAUUUCCAGCUAACGAAGCUGAACUGCAAGAAAAGGAGCCCAAACCAAGAGUUGACAUUAGUGAAGGACCUAAUGUGCAGAGAUCACAGUUUGGUAUAGACAGGUUUGGUAAAGGCCAAACAUCACCUUCAUUAGAAAGAGCCAGGAAACCUGCUCCCUUCCCUAAGCAAAAGCUUUCGUUCCAGGAAUCUUUGGGAAUGAGCUUCCAGAACCACAGGUACUGUAAGGAUAAUGCAAAUCCACUAUACCAGCAGUUGAAACAACCGUCCACAGACAAACCUGCUCCAAAUAUUUUGGUCAAGUCCAACAGCAAGGAUACAUCUGUGCCUCAUGAUCAUCAUGUAUUUCCAUGCAAAGACUUCAAGAAGGUUGCUUAUGGGAAAAAUUCUGGUCCCAAUUUCCAAAUAUCACUGAAUUCUGCAGAUCAUGGGUUUCCUUCCCAGCCUCAGCAUGUGGAAAUAAAUGCAACAGCGUCAUCAUCUGAAUCACCAGUGCAUUUACAUCCAACCAGCAGUUCCUCUGAGAAUUCUCAGUCCAAUCAAUGUCUCCACUCUGGAGCGCUAAGCUCAUACCAUGGUUGUGAAAUGAGAGAUAACUUUCUAGAAUCUGCCCAUCAAGAAAGGUCAUUGCCGCCACCUCUGCCUCCAAAGAUGUAUAAUCGGAGAGCCCAAUCAAGUUUGGACAGCAAUGCUUUAAAUGUCAAGCCAGCAGAUGAGCUAAAGGAGCAAAAGGAAAAUGUUUCUAUUUUGACUAAAGUGGCUGCAUGUGUAAAAUCCAGGUUUACAGAUGAUGCAAUGGUACCUCUGAACGAGGUGCCUAAAAGGAUUUUUAAUCAAGGGCAGGUUUCAAGUCCUGCAGUAAACCUUGAUCAUGAAUCCUCACAUGAUAGGAUAAUAAAUAUGUCUGAUGAUUCUGCAAAGCUUGAAACCAACACUGCUUCAGCUGGCCAGGAUAAACAUGUUGCUCCAACAACCUAUUUUUCUGUGGAUAGUUGCAUGACUGAUACUUACAGAGUCAAAUACCAUGAGAGACCUAAACUCUACUUUUCAGAUAUGAAAGUUAGUGAAUCCCAGCAAGGAGCAGGAAAUCCCUUUCAAGGUUCAUCUGUGAAUACAUCUCAAAUGAUGCAUAGCCCUAGAAAAGGAAACUCCCAUUUAUAAUUGGCUAUGGAUAGAUGUCCUGCUUUCUGUGCUCUUCGGCAUAUAUGGAAUUAAAGACAUCACAAAAUGAAUUCAAAGACUUGACCAGUGAGAUAAACUAUGAAUAAAGUGGCCAUGGAACCUAAUUCUACUCAAUUCCAAGUUGGUUUUAAAGACUGCAUAAUCGGAGGACAAUAAGUACAAAAGAAAGAACUCUAGUUGAAAUUGUCAUGAAAAGAGUAAUUGAUGUUGCAGAUAUUGUCCAGCAGAGGGUAGCUGUCAUUCAUAAAGCUGAAUAAAGUCAAAUAAAAAUGGUCAUACUGCUCCUUAUUGUAUAGACUCAAGUACUAUGCAUAGUGAAGAAGUGUAAACAUUCAACAAGUCAGUCAAAAACUUGUAUUCUGUACAUUGCUAACAUAAGAUUGUUUUAUAUUACUCAACCUUUUUGUAUAAACCACAAUUUUGAGUGUUCACAUAGAAUCAUUUUAAAUAUUCCUGUCUUGAAUCCUAUGCCAAGAAAAUGUUAAACAAAGUUAAUUACUAAUUACUGAGAAAAAGUUAAAGCAGAUAAAGCCUGUCUUGUUUUUUAAUGAUUUAAUAUGCUGAUUUUUAAAGCUUUUAUACCAGAAAAAAACUGAAUUACCAUAAAAGGAAAAGUUGCUGAUAGGCAGUGUUUAAUUUCAAAUUAAUCUGGCUAAAAUCUAGUCUUAUAUUUUUGAGAAAAAUGCAGUUGUGCAGGAAAUGAAAAUAUUUUUAAAGUUUGGAGGCUUAUCCACUGAACAUAAAUCAAUUAAUUUUUUUCAUGGUUGAUGAAAGGAAAAUGACAGAAGCAGGAGAAAGGGUAAAAGAUCUGAACCAAAAUAUUUCGGUGGUUUCAAGCGGCUUUUUUUUUUUAAAGUUGUUAACAGUUUUUUUAUUUGUAUGAGGAAAUGCUUGUAAACAAUGAUGCACUUCCAGAGAUUCUUGCCAAAUCUCCAAGACAUUGUCAACUGUCCAAUAAAUAGCAUGGAAUAUUUUUACUGAUAUAUGAAAUAGCAAAGCAUUAUUUCAACAAGUCAAGAAAUACAGAAUUUAAUGAUAAUAGACAUAAAUCUUUAUCAGUGCUUUUGAGGAACUGGCAAAAACAAAACGUAACUUUUUUUAUUUCUGAAACUUUAAAUGAUUUUAUCAUUUUCUGUAUUUACAUUUGUCAAAUGAGUUUGCAGAAAUCAGUUUUAUUGAUAAAACCAAUAAUUUGUGUAAUUAUGUGCAAGCUAUAGACUAAGUCAAACAUUUUGAAACAAGUAGUACUUGCCAGCUGUAAGUGUGUGCAGUUUGGAGUUUUUUAAAAUCACUAGCUUACUAUACAAAUUAACUUCCAAAACUGCAAAAAUCUAAUCUCAGUGAAGUGAUUUACCGAAGGUUAAUUAUGACUAUAUACAAAUAUACAAGUACUGUACAUCGAGGACACAUGGAGAUCUCCAGACACAAAUGCCAAAAUUCUGAAAAUUUGCUUUUGCCAUUUUCUGGAAAAAGCCUUUUACAAAAAAAAUUUCUGAUGCAUUAAGGAAAGAUUCUAUGCAGGCUGAGAUCUGAGGUACUGUAACUUAUUUUAAUAUGCUAAUAAUACUGCAUGUAGAUAUUCUCCAACUUUUUCAUAAAAAUAAUACCUUUUCAAUAUCUGAAGAAUACUAUGUAUUAACAGUAGACUUCUGUUUUCCUGUUACUAUGCACACGUUUAUGGCAGUUGAAUUCCUUUUUUAAAAUUACAUCUUAAACAUCACCUGAAAGGCAGAUCAAUUAUUUAACAAUAUUAUUUCCAUUUGUAACAAAUGCUACAAAUGCACUUUUGUAUCAAAAUGGAUUUUCUUGUUCCAAUUUGUUUUCUUUUCAAAGUAUACCUUUAUCCUUUGGACUACAACACCAUUUGGCUCCAACAAAAAGUGAGGAUAUUUGGAUAUCUUCUUAAUGUUGAAUUUGGCUGCGCAUUGAACUAACUUAGUUUAUUAUCAAAGGUGUCUUUGCAUACAAGUAUUUUACCCAGUUUCAUUAACUUGCACAAAUAGUUCAAAGCAAAGCCUUAAGAGUUUAGGAUCAUUGUGAUGAACCACACACAAUACUAAAUGUAUCCUGACUAUAACAUAAUUUUAUUGUGCUGUAAAAAUAUUGUAUUAAAAACUCUUGUCUCCAAACACCUGAUUGAUGCAGCCUAUGGAACAAUUAAAUACAAAAGGACCAAUAUAGAUAAGGCCAAACUGUGGCUAGUACAGAAUGUCUAUUUAUUUUUCUAUGUAAAAUGAGGGAAUAUUUGUAGCACACUGAUUUUUAUUAUGCUUUGGAUAUAUAUUGUGGAGUAACUAUUUACUUAUUUGUACAAGGUUAUUUCUAGUUUCAUGUACUAAUAUCUUAGAGAUAAAAGUGUUAAAACCUGAAGUAAAGAAUUUUUCAUCCUA